AUGACACUCAUCCGUCGGCGAACCAGCAUUCCUGUCCCCACGGUAUAUGCAUAUGAGGUUGACACCCGCAACCCGACCAGCGCGGCUUUCAUUCUUAUGCAAGUCGUCUCAGGAAAUGUUGCUACAGACAGUGACGGCGGCUACGAAGUUCACCAAGGACAGAUACCCCUUCACCGACGCCCUCCCUUCUAUCUCGCAGCAGCCAAGAUUCAGGUUCAGAUGACAUCGGAUCCCAUCGGCCGCCUUGAGAUCCAGAAUCCUUACGUCUAUCCAGGCAUUCCCCAAUCAGCUUGCCUCAUCAGCUGCUGA